UCCGUCUGUAUGACAGAAGUAGCCCAAACGUUAAGCGAAACUUCUGCUGCGGGGCUUAACUAAAUCCGUUUAAAACAAAACUGAAUUGAUGUAAAUUUCUAGUUUUAAUUUUAACAAAAUUUGUUUAAUUAGGAAAGUAUUUGUAAUUUCUGCAAUCCUGUAUCAUGUGUCAGCAUGACUGUCAAAAUGCAGUUUGGAUACUGGAUUUUUCAUGUCAAAUAAGAUGACAGUCUUCAGAUUCAAAUUUAAUUUACUUUUUUUUUGUAUUUUAGGAAUAGUAUUUUUCCUUGGGUUAUUUUUAGGAAUGUUGCUGACACACAGCUGGUAUGAUGAAGAUUGCUGUAAAGAAUAUGCACUUAAAAAUGUGUUUUACGAAAGGGAGGGCUCGAAAAAAUCUGUAUCCGAAUGGCAAGAUAAACGUCCUCUCAAUACUUUCUUAGUAGUAUUAAUAUUCAGCAGUCCUACCAAUAAAGAUCGAAGAAAUGCCAUAAGGUCAACAUGGUUGAAAACAAAUUACGAAAUUUUGCACUUUUUUGUUAUCGGUACGGCAUCGUUAUCAUUACUAGAACAACAAGAACUAAAAGAAGAGAAUUAUGUAAAUAAUGAUUUACUUCUCCUCUCGUCGCUUAAAGACUAUUACGCGGAACUGACUUCCAAAUUAAUUCAGUCUAUGAUUUGGCUAGACAGUAACGUCAACUUUAAAUUUGUCACAAAGGUAGACGACGAUAGUUUUGCUCAAUUAGAUCUCAUUUAUAAUAAGUUAUUACUGAUGACUAAUAAACAGAGACUGUAUUGGGGAUUUUUCGAUGGACGAUCGCGCGUAAAACACAGAGGCCAGUGGAAAGAAGAAAAUUGGUUUCUGUGCGAUUAUUAUUUGCCUUAUGCAAGAGGCGGCGGUUAUGUCUUAUCUUCGGAUUUAGUGAAAUUCAUAGUUAAAAAUGCGGAUUACCUACAACUUUAUAAUAGCGAAGACGUUUCGUUGGGUGUUUGGUUAUCUCCUUUGAACAUAAACAGAGUUCACGAUCCAAAUUUUGAUACAGAAUUUCAGUCACGUGGAUGUUUUAACAGCUACCUUAUUACUCAUAAACAAAACAUCCAACAAAUGGUUGAAAAACAUAAAAAUCUCAUUGAGAAUGGUAACUUAUGUAAUAAAGAAUUUAGAAGAAGAAUUUCUUAUAUUUAUAACUGGAAAACUGCACCGUCUCAAUGUUGUAUCCGAAACGACUCGACUAUUCCUUAACGCCAGUAAACAUACUUAAUAAUUGUCAUUAAUAUCUAUCACACAAAGCUUUUGAAAUACAGUGUAUUCCAAAAUGAAUGUUACCAUUUUACAUUACUGCAAUUAUGUUAAUUAUUAUCUGAGAAGUAUGCGAUGUAUACUGAUCGAUAGAGCGAUUGACCAAGUUUUAUAUCAAGUUAUGAAAUGCAUAAUUGACAUAAAUGAAUAAGAGAAAUUUGUCUUCCCAGUUAUGCCUCUCCCAUUGAAAUCAGUAUUGAUAAGGAUCUUAAACAGUAUUUUACCUUAUUUAUACAUUUGAAAACAUCUCGCACAUUCAAACUUCUUGUCGUCUACUACCUCUAGGAAGCACCAUAAAUGAAAAUGGUGACUUUGCAACAGAGAAGGCAAUUUGUGUCUUGUGACGGCACAAACCUAUCCUAGAAAAUCACUCAUUGUGCAACAUGAGUAAUUUGCAGGAGCUGUAGAAUUGUGGAUGCUGUGGGAAGAGUGACAACAGAUAUGCCAUAGUGAGCUUAGGAGGAAUUUGAGUAUCGGUCAGGUGUGUGCCAUGUGACACAAGGUGCACACAUUGAGAAAUUGUAAUGGG